AUGCCCCAUUCAAUUUUUGGUGAACUAACGAAGCCUGAAGUGGAAAUUAUAAAGUUCAAAUGCAGUUGCAAAGCAGGAGCUUCUGAGUGCUGUAAGCACGUUGUUGCAAUACUUUUGUUUAUUAACAGGUCAAGAUUCAUAGCUGCUGCACCAACUUCAGCAAUUGCUCUUCAUUCCUUGGGUCGUAAUUUGCCAACUAACCAAUCAUCAGUGAUAUUGGCAGAAAACACACAGCUGUCCAGGUUGAAUGUGUCAUUGCAUCCUUUAUCAGUGUAUUUGCAAAACUACCCAGUCAUGAAUAUGGGUGAUUGUUGCAAGGAAUCAUUUUCUAAGUUAUCAACUGAUUUUUAUGAAGUAUUAUAUCGAUCUCAAAAAGACAAAUCUUUUUGGGACCAUUGUCGGCAGUACAGAACCACAGGAAGUCGAUGCUAG